GUCAUUUAUUCACGUUCACAUUCAAAAAACAAAAUGAUGAGGUGAGCAGUGAGUAAUGCUAAAUGGCGUCGUUUUGAUCUUUUCUUGAUUGCUUACAGCCGCCUCCAUAUAGGCCUCUCUCCUCUACAACUUUCAUUGUAAUUCUUCUAUUUCUUUCAUACACAAUAAAUAUUCAUUCAGUAAUUUUAUUAAAAUAUUUAUUUGCAAGUGUUACCGCAUUCAACUUGUGCCAACUUCUCACCGUAUCCACCACAAGACAACCUGUUCUUUAUUUUUUAUUUUUUAUUUUUUCCCCAAUUGUUGAACACAACCAAGAAAUCCAACAAAAAUCGAAACUUUAGCAAAACCCACAUCAAAUCUUGUCAAAUCUGUUAUCUUUUUAAAAACCCACAUCAAAUCUUGUGAAAUCUGUUAUCUUUUGAAGAACCCACAUCGAAUCUUGAAAAAAGAUUUUGAAUUUUGAGGGCUAAAGUUGGAAAAAAAGAUGGAAAAUGGCACUAACAGCGGCGGCGGCGGCGGCGGCGGCGGCGGUGGUGGUGGUGGUGGCAGCGGAGAGAGGCAGAGCCACCGUCUGCCGCUGUCGGAUGUGGUGUCUGAUUGCUUGAGGAGGUGGUUUCAAGAUACCCUCAAAGAAGCAAAAGCAGGUGAUCUGUCUAUGCAGGUUUUGGUUGCUCAGAUGUACUUUAAUGGGUAUGGGAUUCCAAAAGAUCAUCAAAAGGCGAGAAUUUGGAUGACAAGAGCUGCAAGAGUUCGAUCUUCAGUUUGGAGAGUUAGCAGUAAACGCCCAGGUUAUAAUGCAAGCGAUUCUGAUUCAGAAGAGUUGCUGGAUGACUCUUGAUACGAUGAGAAGAAGGGCUCUUGGAUUUGGAUUUGUUCAUCAUCUAAUCAAUCAUUUGUAAGAAAACUGUAUUAACUGAACUGUCAAUGAUCCUUCGCUCACCCGUUGUUUGUUUUCGAAAAACUCAUUUUCUACAAUUUGUUGGGGCUCUAAUUUCAAAUCUUGUAGAAAUGACUUUGCUUUCUCCUAUGCUGCUGAUCAGUUUGUGGAUUUUCAUGAACCUGUAUAUAGUAUAUUGAUGUUAUAUAUUAUUACAUGGUCCAAACAGGCUGGUUUUCCUAGUAUAACUGUUGAAGCCUGGACGAAUCCAGGCUUUCUUGAAGUUA